AUGAAGUCCUUUACAACUGGAGCUGUGCUCCUUGCUGCUUUUACUGCAACCGCCGGCGGUGUCAAGCUUGACCCGGAGGAUGAGGCUUCUAUUCUCAGCGCUACUCGGCAGUAUGCGUACGGUCUGAUGUCGAUGUACCAGGGCAAUGCCACAGGCGUAGCCAAAGAAGACAUAGGAAUCUGGCCCCAGCCCCACUACUGGUGGGAAGGUGGCGCGGCGUGGGGUGGCAUGAUAGAGUACAGCCAGUUCACCGGCGACGAUUCGCACGUCAAGACCCUCCAACAGGCUCUGACUGCCAACUACGGGCCCGACAACGACUUCAUUCUGUCUUACCGCAAGAGCCAAACUGGCAACGAUGACCAGGCUUUCUGGGCGCUUGCCGUUAUGAGCGCGCUCGAGUAUCAGUUCCCUGAUCCCGCUCAGGCGCCUGCGAACUACCUCGAGGUCGCAACAAACGCUUUCGAGAACAUUGUUGGACGCUGGGAUGAGACUACCUGCGACGGAGGGCUCAAGUGGCAGAUCUACCCCGAGAACUCCUACGGUUACAACUACAAGAACUCCAUCUCCAACGGAUGCGCUUUCGCCCUCGGUGCACGCCUUGCCCGCUACACUGGCGAGCAGAAGUACGCCGACUGGGCUGUGAAGAUUUACGACUGGACGAAGAAGGUUGGACUCAUCACGGACAAGUAUGAGGUGUUUGACGGAACAGACGACAAGACCAACUGCGCCAAGGUCACGGACGAGACUCAGUGGACCUACAACAAUGCCAUGUUCCUUCACGGAUCGGCCUUUAUGUACGACUACACCAACGGUGACAGCACCUGGAAAGAGCGUACAUCUGGCUUCUUGGACCACGCCGAACUGCUGUUCUUCCGGCCCUUCGAGAAUUCUACGGACGUUAUGUACGAGUGGGCCUGCGAGACGGGCGAAUCUGGCCGCCACUGCAACCUCGACCAGCAAUCAUUCAAGGCAUACCUUUCCCGCUUCAUCGCCAAGACUGCCAUGGUAGCUCCCUUCACCAAGGACAAGAUUGUGCCAUUCCUGAAGGCCUCCGCGGUCGGUGCUGCCGAGUCUUGCUCCGGCGGCCCCGAUGGAGCCACGUGCGGCAGCAAGUGGUACACUGGAAGCUGGGACGGAACCUCUGGUGUCGGCCAACAGCUGUCGGCCUUGGAGGUCACCCAGGCUCUCCUGAUGAUUCAGAAGGGUACUCUUCCUGCAAAGAACAACAGUGCGCCGAAGCCAUCUACCAGCGCUACUCCCAAGCCCAGCUCAACGCUUGCUGCGUCAUCUACUCCUGCAUCAAGCUACGCCGCUUCAACCCCCUCUGUCUCUAGCGAGGUCCCUGCUCCCAGCGAAGUCGCUCCCUCAUCCAGCGUAUUUGUCGAGGCUCCUUCCAGCAAGGUUCCAUCCAGCGAGGCACCGUCUAGCGAGGCACCCGAAUCAGUUCCAUCGAAGUACCCCGAAGGAAUUCAGGCUCCUGCUUCGACUCUGGUAGUCCCAUCUGCCGUUGUUGUUACAAGCACAUCGGCCUCAAGCUCUAAGCCCUCCUCCUCAGACAAGCCUGCCGGUCAGUCUGACGAGGCCGCGUCUACCAGCUGCGUUCGCAACGUUACCAGGACCGUGACUCUUUCGCGCGCCUCUUCAACGACCAGCUGCACACCCAGCGUGACUGAGACCGUCUAUGUUCCGGCAGCCUCUUCGACGUCGGGUCUCUUGGUAGACUCCUCUCCAGCUCCCGUUGCCCCGCCUAUCUCUACGACAUUGAUGCCCGCGCCCCCUGUUAACAGCAGCUUGCCCAACCCGACGUCUCCAGCGGAGUUCCUUGGCGCUGGCUCUGUCCUCACUGCUAGCGGCUCUGUUUUGGCCGCUGUGGUGGCUGCGAUGGUCUUCGCAAUGGUGUAA